UGGUAUAGUAGGUGGAAAAAUAUCCUUCAGGAUCAAUGUGACUCUAGAAACAAAUGGGUGAAUGAAUAUCCAUAUGAAGAGGAAAACAAUAAAGAGUCUCAACACCCUUGAGAACAGAAUGCUUAUGCUUGAUGGGAUGCCGGCAGUCAGAGUCAAAACAGAGCUUUUGGAAUCUGAACAAGGGUCUCCAAACGUCCACAACUACCCCGAUAUGGAAGCUGUUCCCCUCUUGCUAAAUAAUGUGAAAGGGGAGCCCCCAGAGGACUCAUUGCCUGUAGAUCACUUCCAGACACAAACUGAGCCAGUGGACUUGUCAAUCAACAAAGCCAGGACCUCCCCUACCGCAGCUUCAUCCUCCCCAGUCUCCAUGACAGCGUCUGCCUCCUCACCUUCUUCAACUUCAACCUCUUCAUCAUCUUCUAGUCGUCCAGCCUCAUCCCCCACUGUUAUAACAUCAGUAUCUUCAGCAUCGUCGUCGUCAACAGUGUUAUCUCCAGGACCCCUUGUUGCCUCUGCGUCUGGCGUGGGCGGCCAGCAGUUUUUGCACAUCAUCCAUCCUGUCCCACCUUCCAGUCCCAUGAACUUACAGUCUAACAAACUCAGUCAUGUUCAUCGAAUCCCUGUGGUGGUACAGUCAGUGCCAGUUGUCUACACAGCUGUACGGUCACCUGGAAAUGUGAACAACACUAUUGUUGUACCUCUCCUGGAGGAUGGGAGGAGCCAUGGCAAAGCACAAAUGGAGCCCCGAGGCCUAUCUCCCAGACAGAGUAAAAGUGACAGUGAUGAUGAUGACCUGCCAAAUGUGACCUUAGAUAGCGUUAAUGAAACUGGAUCCACGGCCCUUUCCAUAGCCAGAGCAGUACAAGAGGUACAUCCGUCCCCAGUAUCCAGGGUCCGAGGAAAUAGAAUGAAUAACCAGAAGUUUGCUUGUUCAAUCUCACCAUUUAGCAUUGAGAGCACAAGACGCCAGAGACGAUCAGAAUCCCCGGACUCCAGGAAGCGGCGCAUCCACAGAUGUGACUUCGAAGGGUGCAACAAAGUAUACACAAAAAGUUCUCAUCUGAAGGCACACCGGAGAACACACACAGGAGAGAAGCCCUACAAAUGCACGUGGGAAGGCUGCACCUGGAAGUUUGCCCGUUCAGAUGAACUGACCAGGCAUUACCGCAAACACACAGGAGUGAAGCCAUUCAAGUGUGCAGACUGUGACCGAAGCUUCUCGAGGUCAGACCACCUGGCGCUGCACCGUAGGAGGCACAUGUUGGUGUGAGGAAGGCUCCUGUCCAGCUACAUGCAAGAGCUGGGUCUCUUCAGGAGCAACUAACUCAGCAGGGCUGAGUUCCCUCUACAGUGUUAAUGUCAAGGGCACCGCCAUUCCCACGGUGCCUGAAACCAGAGCAGGAACAAGAAGGAACCCUUCUCCUUUCGGCCUGAAGGUAACCCCCCCAUCAUGACCACAUGCGUGAGAGAGCCGCCGUCUGCGUCCACGCUGGCCUGGGAGUUCAGCGCCUCAGGUCCUGAAGAGACAGGCAUUGUUUUUCAUGCUAUGUCCUCUACCAUCGAAAAGAUGUUUGUAGCUUGUACAUUUUCCGAGCUGGCAGACACUCUGCUAUCAGUCCCUUAAAGGUCAUCUACCACAAAUUGAUGGUUAGAGGAGACCCUUCUCAGUUUGGAUGAUUCUUCCAUGGCACCCUCACCCCCACCCCCACCCCAACUCCAAACCCUUUUGACAACAAUUUCAGUUCCUAUCUCAGUAAGCUAGAACACACAUCCAGUCUGUUACUACCAAGCAGCAUGAACUAGAAAGGAAGGGGCAGUUGGAGACACACAUUACCCAGAAAAGAAAGGCUCACAGAAGUAACGCUCUGUGCUAGCGAUGGCAGACCUAGGUAGUGCUCAUACCCUGUCCUCAUGCCAUCCUCGAAAAGAACCAACAUUGAGUCCUUCCAUGUGUUUGUUGUUGCUUGUUCCUGUUCUGUUUCUAUUCUGUUUUGUGCAUCUGUUCCAGCAGAGGGGCAGAGCAGUUUCUCAGAGGCUAGUCCUGCUCCUCCCUGGCAUGGACUGGCAGAGGUGUUCUGUAGUUGAAUAGGAAGAGCCUGUCUAAAAUAAUAACAAUAAUAAUAACCACUGUCCCACUUCAAAUUGCAGUGUUCUGUCACCUAGGCACCAUCUCCUCCUGCCCUUAGUGUUUGAUUACAAGGAAUCGAGGGGAGGGGGACUUUCUUAGACACACUGGCACCAAGGAAAGAGGUGGAGCUGCCCAGGCAAAGUCAGUGAACGUGAAAACGAGACAAAGCAGAGAUGGAAAUAACGCUCCUCUUGAGGAGAAAAGCAAUAAUGAAUAGAAAGACUUUCCUACAAUAACUCCACUGAGGACUCACGUUACCGAUCUUCAUACUUACUAAAGGGAUUGUAAAAAACACCCCAGCAUUUCAGCUGUCUUAGUUACAUCCAGCACGGAGGUAGUCUUUCCACUGCUUGCCCUACCUGCUUAAGUACCACAAUUAAAGAUUAUGCUCCCCUCUUCUCGGUUGAAAACAGUUAUUUGGUGACUAGAGAGGCAAGGGAGGCAGAGCUGAGGAUUAACUCUUCAGCCAGUGGGUCUGUUCCACUUGGGCAUGAGUCCGUGGAAAAAGUGUCCCCAUGGAAAGCCUGUCCUGGUGCUACCUCUCCAACUGGGAGAGCCAAGAGUCUGCCUCUACGCAUUUCACUUUUUAAGCUGUCCCAGCAUCCCCAUGCUCCCACAUCGGCAUCCGCAGGGACAGACAACCUGCUCAUCCUGGGAGAAGGGUGAGAGCAAAGUUAGGUUCCAUCCUUCCUCUCAAAUGAAGAAGCGUUUUGUACCUAGCAAAAUGUACAGAAAAAGCAAUACAUGCCCGACAAGCACUCUUUCCAAAAUAUUUUGUCCCCACUAAAAGCUGCUGUUUUUUCCAGCUUUCUGUGGCAAUUGGGUUUGGUGAGAUUAUUGUUGUUAAGACGUUUUAUAGUUUCAAUAUAAAAGGUCUCCAGUGAAGGCCUUUGCAAUAUAUUUCAAUGACACACUUGAUUUGGGGAAUUGCACCUCAUAAGAUUCCUAGCUCAUUUUUAAAUGCCUGCACAUUCUAAAAUGAUUUUUGGUGAGAAUUAUCCUUUAUAGUAUCAGCUUCUAAUUAGGAUAAUUGUCUUCUGACAGAACAAGAACUUACAAGGAGAACCAUUUGUGUCAGGUAGCUUUUAAAAGAAUUUUAAUAAAUGUCCAGGCAAAAGUAUCAUGAUUUACAGGUCAAAUCCCAGCUUCAGAAAUAUGUGCUCUAUCUAUAUUUUCUGCCAGGUCUAAAACCUUCAUCAGGCAAUUUCCCUCCUACAAGGGCUGUAGUUCUAUGAUAAAUAGCUUCAGCUACACAGGUUGGUACCUACCAGCCAGCAGGGGUUUUUUUGUUUGUUUUUUUCGUUUUUGGCUUUUUGGUUGUUGUUGUUGUUUUUAUAUACCAACUGGAACAUUUUUUUAAUCUGUACUGUAUGCACUUCCUACUUCUCAUUGCCUGUAAUCAUUCAGAAUAAAAACAGGUUUCCUGACGCAUGCCAGCAUUAGUAACUGUCCAGGGCAGAGAACACUGACAGUAGCAAACAAGCAGGAUCCUCCAAGCGCUGGCCCCAGGGCCUAGUUGGCAGGUAGUGAGGGAGUCACUCAAGUGAAGUAUAGAUUUGGCUUCGUUCUGGCAGCUCUCAUAAGAGCCAAUCCUUUUUCCACAGAGAAGCAUCUUGCAAGUUUUACAGGGAGAAUUCACUGAACUGACAGGCAAGGGAAGCUUCCUGACUGACAUCUUAAUUUAAAUUUAGCACAGAACUAAAUGAGGCGCACCUCUCUAACAGCAUAGGGAAGACUUGGGGGAAGUGAUCUCUUCCCCCUCCCUCCCUGUAAGGGGAAAACUGAGAUGGUCAGGUAAAUGGAUAAAACCUGCCACCAUUACAGCGUUUUCCUCUUUUUGACAUAUCGAUAUUUUUUAGAAGAGAUGCAAGCACAAAUGAAUACAUCCCUGAUCUGGCCCAAGAACUGAAACUUAUUUGGCCCUUGUCUGGGGGAUAUAACCAAUCCUCCUAGGUGUGUUUCCAGUAUAACAGAAAGUGGUUUGAGACUAAAGGAAAUGGGAUAUCCUUGGGCACAGAAAAGCCUCCACCCAUUUCAUAUGUGAGUCUAGCUUCAAGAAAAGCACAGUGUCUGAUGAGCUACCAAAAAAAGAGAGAUAGGAUCCUAAAGCUCUUCUCAGUGGUUUCCUAAGCAGAGCAGGCUUUGGUUUCAGGUUUAAAGUGGUUCAGCUUGCAGCUAAGGGAGUGUGUGCCUGGGAACACCUCGCACACGGCAUGGAGAACCAAUUGUCUCCUUGCAAUUUAAAGGCUGAUGACAAAAGAGUUGGGUUAUUAGGGGUUUUCAGAGAGUCCCUUAUAUUCCAGUCUUAUGGUUACAUGAAUAAAAUGAGCACUUUAAAAUAUCACUUUAAAGAUUAAAAGGGAAACAAGAUGAGUUAGGGGAGGGGGGGCUUUCAAAAUGCUUCAGUGUUUACACACGAAAGUUGUAGGUGAUUAGAAAAGCCAUGUUCAUCAUGGUUGAAAUUUGGAAACAGCUCAUGAGAAGACUGUGUUCAUUAUCAUUCAACUUGUUUAACGUCAGAUUGCCAUUCGGGUCUGGAACGGAAAUGGAAGUCUGCACUUUGAGAUCAGCUCAUUAGAAUGAUAACGUGUAUACAGAUAAAGAUGCAGUAUUCCUUAGUCUGUGCUUUGUUUAUUAUAUGUACCAAAGCUGCAAUUGAAUCAAUCUGGUGAGGUGAGGCCUUUGGUUGUACUCACAUGCCUUUGUCUUGUUGUAAUGACUGCCUAGAAACGUAGCUGAGAUGCUGCUACGAGGCUGUCCGAUCGCUUGUACAGUGAGGAUUCUUAGGACUGAAGCAGUGUUAAUACCAGCAUACACACAGCCUGCAUAGGAAGGAUCAAAUGUAAGCUAACGCUGAUGACCACAUAGGCCCAGGAAGCCUUAAUACUCGUAGUUCAAGAUCAGAGUUUAUCCUUUACCAUUGCCUGUAAGUUUAUCACAUAAAUGUAGGCCACCAGCCAGAUCUCUCUCUUUCCUUUGCCUGAGAUUGUGUAUCACGCAGACGUGUUCUCAAAUGGACUUGGCUCAGUUAAGGAAAGAGGUUUGGCCAGUCAUGUCUUCCAUAGUACAUGUCUACUUAUUCCCACACUGCCUUUCACUUAUCUGGACAGACACCCCCAACACAUGCACCUGUGUGUACACAUCUGCAUAUGCAGCAGCCAGCAGGCAAAUAAAUAUCAACAAAGAACUUUUUUUUUUAAAGAAAUAAUUUGUAAUAAUCCAUCCUAUGUAGAAAUGUAAGUUAUUACCCAACUAGAGAAUCAGCUUAUAAUACUAUGUAACUCUGCCUGCGUUUUAUAGAUAAGAAAUGUAUAUAAAAAAUUUAAAAUGCUAUAUUUUCACAAUUUCAUUAUAGAGUAAUGUCUGUUUAGCAACCCAUGCCCAUUGGUAUUUUAAAUAUGCUAAAUAUUGAACAAUUGCAAUAGAAAUUCAGAUUUUCAUAAGAAGAUAAAACAGAAGGAUACUGCAUCUUUAAAAACAGAGUGACGCUAUUUUACUGUAUUCGUAACAUAUGUGAUAGUGGAAAAGUAUUUUCAAACCUGCAAAUUUUACAGAGGUUGUAAAUAGUUUGAUGACGUAUGUUGGGGAAAAGCUUCUAGUUUUCAUCACAAUAAAAAAAAAACACUUGUUCAGAUAUGCCUUGUGUAUGGAUGAUACACACAAUUAGCAAUGUUGCCAUGGGAACUGGUCCCACUUGUUGAUGUUCUUGGUGCUUGGUUAGAGCUGAGUGGCCACUUGUCAUAGUUUAGCCAGAAUGAUUUGAAACUCCAAUGAAGUCAUGUUUUCAAACUUGUCAUGUCUUUCCUUGGGACUGAAAAAAAUGGGGACUUACUCAUUCUAGAAAGAAUCAUCUGGCAAUCAUUCUCCCCUCUCACGUAUCUUCUUCCUCAACAAGAUGGCUCUCGAUUUUAAAAAACAAAAUAAAACACAGGUAUUUACUCUUGUUUAAGUUCCAGACGGAUUGUUCUCUGGUGUAGUCGUAGGUGGAUGAGGUGAAGUGUAUGGCUACGACCACAUAUUAAGAGUCUGCAGUGGCAAUAGGAAAAGGGUCAAGCUCAUUUUUCAGAAAUGAGUUAAAUGCUGAAAGUGCCUGUCAAUGAAUAUGACCAAUGAGAUAAUCCUAUACUUUCACACAGCAAUAAUUAUUUAUCAUACAUGGUUUUUCCUGCACAGUUUGAGUUCUCUCUCUCUCUCUCUCUCUCUCUCUCUCUCUCUCUCUCUCUCUCAUACACACACACAGAGUAAACAAAUGCACAUAGUAAAUUAAGUCUGUUCAUGCAAACCCACAGAAGAGGGCUUUCAUCGCUUGGAAGCAUUACAAAUCUUAUUUGCAAUUUACUAUCUCUUCAUAUUCCAUUUUCCUUACUUGAAUAUAAGCAGGCGAUAUAUAUGGAGAUUAAGGUUAUCUUUAGUGUACAUGACAAUUAUAAUGUUCAGAUAAAGAUUUUGACUGUGAUGGACCUCAGACUUAUGACAGAGCAUGUAUAGCUCCUACGGGUUUCCUCAGUUACAAACACUGAUGUACUCAGAGCAGAACUGUAAGGGAUAUUUUUGUCUGCUUCAUUUUACCCAUUUAGUGCACAAGUCUGUCUUUAAGGGCUUCACUCUCUUCACCUGACAUGUACCCUUGUAUCAUCAAGGAGCAUUUCAAGAUGCACAUUGACCAAUUAUCCCUCUUCCCCACCCCCCCCCCAAAAAAAAGUCUUCGGAUACUUGUGAAGGCCUUCAGACAGUUAUUUAGUUAAUCCUAACAGUUACCUCAUGAUGUACAAUCAAGAAGUUCACAAGCUCUUUUUUAAAAUUAUUUUAUAACUAUAAGUAGAGUCGGGGGUAGAAAUGCGACUGUAUAUAGACAUGAACCCAGCCUAUUCUCCGGCCUUGCUAUCUCAAAGCGUGAAUCCACCCAGACAAGCUGUUGAGGCUACAAGGGAACACUCAGUAAGAACAGUUCUUAACGUGUGGCGGAGAAUACACAGUCAGGUUUUAGACAGCGUAUGAUACUGGAGCAGAACAGCAGUCUCCAGGCCCAAAUUCAGGUGGUGAAAACCAUCCACUCUUCACCCUACUCUGUCUCAAAAAGGAAGGGGGAAGCAAAUGCAUCAGGAGGUAGAUGGGAAAACCAGAGAGGCGCCACGUCAAAGCACAGCCACUGCGUUCCCUAGUCUCACUGAAGUCAGACCUUCUGACUUCCUUCUUCCUCUAUGUUGUCCGAAAAGUGCUAAAGUAUCCCUUAAGGUUCAAAGCUCAGUGCACGGGGAAAACGAUAGCUACCCCUGAUUAAUACUACGUGCUGACUGCUGCACUAAGAAUUCUAACAUUACCUCCCAUCUGUAUAAUCAUUCUCCAGUUCAUGGAUGAGAAACUGAGGCACAACGGGAAUGGCUGAGAUGUCCACAGGCGUGGAUUAAGUCGAUGGGUAGAGUGGGAUUACAUAACCUCCUGACUCUGCAGCUUGUGUUCCUUCUUUUGUAAGGUCACCCCUGUUCCUUAUUCCUGGCUGCCACGUUCCCAGUCUUUUAUUCAGUUUUGUUCUGAGGGCCCUGCCAAGGUAAAAUAAAAGGACACCGCCUAGCACAUGAUGAGACUAUAGUAGAUCCAAACCUUCCUGCAAAGUCACUGAUGGGGGAUCAUUCCAGAUAAACAUUGAACCAGAGAUCUCCCUAAACUUGGCAUUUUCUUUCAGAGGUUUGUCCAGAGCCUCCAAGAUCUUCAAAACCUUUCUUACUUCCUACUACAAUUUUGUCCCAGUUAGUUUUCCUCAAUUUACAUUCUUCCUUUUCCAUAACAGGCCUGUUAUAAUCUGUAAAAAGGCAUCUGAGACCCUCACCUGACUAGAGCUACUUCUUGAUUGCAGAGGCCACCCUUACAGGUAUCCAUGAGUAGUGACGUCAGCAUCUAGAUCAGUGGACAGGUCCUUCCCAGGCCUCACACUUAACAGCGCUGCCUUGGAAUGUUUUAAAUAGUCUCAUAAAUAAUUUGCUUAUAGUAUUGUUAGUUUGAGUUUUAUGUGAGGAGCUGUCUAACAUCAGAGAAAUGAAAUCCCUCCCUGUCUGCAUAGAAGGUCUCUGACAGUAUUGAUUCAUGGAUGCGCUAAUGGACUUUGAAAACAUUAAGAAUGCCAUUUCUCAGAGUGUUUCAGUUUCUGAAAAUGAAUCUCCUGAAUUAUGAUCAUUCUCCCUGUUAGUUGGCUGGGGAAGAGAUAAAAGCUGUAUAAACAACUUCUCUUCCAUGCUGAAAGCAAGGGUCUAUGUCCGUAGCCUCCUGCAGACAGGGACUCCUGUCACUUAAUUGAGUUUCAACAACAAUUAUUUCUCAGAUGACAAUGCCACCACUCGAAGUGGGUUGACAAGUGGGAAUAGUCACAUCAAUAGCCGUUUUUUUUUUCCCCAAAUUUCAUCUCUAGAAAUGUGAAGUGUUUCAGUGACUCUAGUUAUGAAUUACUGUUUUUUCAAAAGCAGGUGUAGCCAAGUCCUUGACAGAGAUUAAUCUUUGUUGAGAAAUGAGGGUUUAUAAGAGAGAAUUCCUCUCCAAGUCUACUAGUAAAAGUGUCCAGGCAAUCGAAAACUAAGAUAUUUUAGGAAUAUUUUGACAUCUUCCUUUUAUACUCAUUUUGUUCUCUAAAAAUACAACAUAAACCAUCACAGCUGUGUUUUCCCCUACUCAUGUUUCUAGCUUUCCCAUGGCAGAACUUUGGGAGUGUACCCAAACCAUAGAAUAUAUUUUGUUCCUCAAAUGAUUACAUUCAGUAGGUAUCAUUCAACUGGGCACUGGUGCCUCCAUGCAAGGCUCUUUCCUAUCAACGUGUGUGUGUACAACCUGUUGUGUUUGGAGGUUCGUCUUUGAACCACCAUGGAAUGGUGGUUGCAUUGUUUUGUCCGUGUCUAUGUGGGACACAUUGCAUCACAUGGCAAAGCAACUAUAAAUGGAUGUGAGAUAACGAGUUAACAAAACCAGCUUGAAAACAUUGUCUUAUGUAUUACAUCAUCCUGCCUCAUAAUGCAAUUAUGUGUAUCAUGAUCACCUUUUACAAAGAGAAACCAGCAAAUUCAUGUUUGUCCAUAGAAGGGUGUACUAGGAAUUGUCUGUGUUGUGAAAGUAUGAGAACAGGCCACCUUUAAUAUACCCACCUGCCACUUAAAAUGACUUAGUUAUAAUUAGUAGUAGUCUAGACGUUGCUCUUUUGUGUGGGGGGUCAGUGCAGACGUCAUAAUCCUUUGAAUAAAUCUCCCAGUCAUAUCUGAAAAAAACAUAUGAGAAUAAAGAAAAACAUCAUCUUUGGCCAAAUCAAGCAGGCAUCUCUUUGCUUUUCCUCAACACUGAGCUCAUUACACAUGGUGAUUGGAUCACAAGAUCGUUCUGUGUAAAAAUAUGAAAACGUCAUUUACUUAUUCUAGGCUGGAAACCUCUGCACAGCAAAGUAAAUAGAUGAGCUGCUUCUGUUUCAUAUUUAUGGAUGUAAUCUUACAAAAAGACUCUAGGGCCUAUGACCCAGAGAGUUAGUGUGCCCAGAGGAGAGCCUACACAUUAAAGGAUAAAGUCCCCCAAGGAUGCUGGCAAGCAAAUAUAUUGAGUUCUUAAAUCUUUGUUCAGUUUUUCUGUUCAGAGUUUUAAUUGCAAGUGAAUUUAUUUCUUCAGCUUAAAGAUCUAAUUUCCUAAUAGUUUCCUCGCAUUUAUAUACUCUGUAGUGUUUAGGCAGCUCCUGUUAUAAGUUUAUUAAUAUUAUGUAAGUGUUGUUCUUGUAUUUAUGUAUAGUGUAUGUAUUGUAAAUAUACUCAGAGCUUUUCCUUUUUACUGUAAAAUGGUGAUUUUUUUUGCCCUAUGAUAAUGAAAAGGGAGACUCUCCUAAUGAGGUUCUCUCAGAAGAUUAUUCCAGUCUAUUCUCAGAGAUUUAAAUGAACAAGUGUUAUCGUUUUCAAUGGUGUCUCAGACAUAUUCUGUUGGUGCAUCGCUUUUCUGUAUUCAACUUUCCUAUGAAUUGAGCUGUGAACUGAAAUAGAGUUUAAACCUUUAUCUGUAUGCAUUUGUAUAAUUAUCUGAAUGAAGGCAUGAAGGUUAAAUAAAGCAUUUUGUAUGGAA